UAAUCAUCUCAGUCGUGAAGUCUUUUUCUCCGGAGGAAUUUUUCAGGGUUUGCCUGGUUGCCAUGGAUUCUGUGAAGCUCUCGAUGCUGGUCACGAAUGGUAUCCUUCCUCUUAACGCCUUUGUAGUGGGAAACUGAUUUUUUUUUUUUGCACUGGUGUGACUGCAUUUAGGGAGAGAUACAUUCAUGUGUCAUUGCUCCUCCUGGCCAAUUGCAUGCAUUUUUUUCGUACUUUACUAGUUUCCUGCUGUUAGGGAGUACAGAACUGUCAAGCCCUAUUUCAUUUUCAGCUGCUGCGGUGGAAUUAACGUGUGCUAAAGUUCCUCAGCCGUUCCAUUUACUGAGAUGAACUGAAGCUGCAAAAGACAAAGGAUCAGCAUUUCUUUUAUGGGAUUUGCAAGCUGCUUCAGCUGCAAAGUGAUGAAGAUGUUACGGACUGCAGGUGUUUCAUUCUCAUUUGCCUUAUCUGCAAUACUAUGCUUAUUAAACUGGACAGCAGCCCUAGACAUACCACUUGAGGCCUUAGGUCAUGCAAACAUUGAACAACUUCCAACGAUCACAGAGCAGUCACCGUCCUCUCAAGUAGCGCUUCCCUUCGAUGAAAACGUUCCAAUUAAAUGUGAAGGAAAAGGGAAUCCGCACCCAGAAUUUAAAUGGACUAAGGACGGUCAGCCUUUCGAUCCCUCAGACGACCCAAGGGUGACUAUGGUUGAAAAUUCAGGAACAUUUAUAAUCGGAAACAAUGGAAACAUAUCAGAGUUCCAGGGUGUUUAUCGCUGUUCUGCCACAAACAAACUGGGAACAGCCAUUUCAGAAGAGAUCCAAAUCAUAAUACCAACCAUCCCAAAAUUUCCUAAAGAAAAAAAUCCACCGAUAACAGUUGAAGAAGGAAAUGCUGUGGUUCUGCAGUGCAACCCCCCUAAAGGAAUUCCUCCCUUAAAAAUACACUGGAUGACAAUUAGUCUGCAGCAUAUUGAACAAGAUGAAAGGGUUUCUGUGGGGCUCAAUGGAGAUCUGUAUUUCUCGAAUGUCCUGGAAAAGGACAGUCGGAGAGACUAUUGCUGUUUUGCAGCUUUUCCACGAAUCAGAACUAUUGUGCAAAAGACACCAAUGACCCUGAUCGUCAAUAGAAUUCAAUCUUUCAGUGACACAGAAUCAUCUGUUACCUCUGGUGCUAACUCCAUUCUGCAGAGAAAACCCAAGCUUCUGACGCCCUCUGGUGGUCAUUCUACAAUAAGUAUUGUGAAGGCAGACACACUUCAGUUGGAGUGCAUUGCAGAAGGACUCCCAACUCCUAAAAUCGAAUGGACCCGACUGGAUGGAGAACUACCAAAAAGAGCUGUGUUUCCAAACCAGGGAAAACUCCUUAAAAUACCUGAAGUCACAGAAGCUGAAAAUGGCUUAUAUCAGUGCAACGCUGCCAAUGCUUUGGGGAAAGUAUCACAUAACUUCCAAGUUACAGUUGAAGAGCCACCUCGAUGGGUAUCUAAGCCUGAAAGUAUGAUAUAUACGAUUGGAUCAGAUGUUACAUUAGAUUGCAAAGCUGCUGGCAAGCCAGAGCCAACAAUACAAUGGAAAGUUAAUGGCGUGCCUCUCAGAAAUAUGCCAGUUUCCAUUGACAAUCAAAUUGUGCGCAGGAAUGUAAAAAAAAAUGACAGUGCAGUCUAUCAAUGUGAAGCUUCCAACAAGCAUGGCACUAUUCUUGCCAGUGCUAAUAUCCUGGUAAUUAAUCUUGCUCCAAUGUUACUUACUGAUAAUAAUCUGGAAUAUGCAGCAGUGGAAGGGAAAGAUGUUCUCCUGGACUGCAAAGUGUUUGGAUCACCACACCCUGUAGUUGAAUGGGACAGAGAAGACUCAGCCUCACCUGUUCAAGGUCCAAAGUAUUCUAUAUAUGAAAAUGGUUCCUUGAACAUAAAGAAUACUGUAAAGGAAGAUUCUGGGCUGUAUACCUGUUUGACUGGAAACACAGAAGGAAAAGCUGCAAUCACUGCCAUAUUAGAUAUAAGAGACGCUACACAAAUUGUGGAACCUCCAGAAAAUAUAAAGGUUCUAAGGGGAAGCACAGCUCAAUUCACAUGUGGAGCAAAGUAUGAUUCUGCUUUCGCAAAUGACUUCCAGGUUUCAUGGAAUAAAGAUAACGAGGAAAUAACUUUUAUCCACACAGACAACAGCAGAUUUUAUGUUGAAGAUGGUGUGUUGCAAAUAAUGAACGUGAGUGCUGAGGAUCAAGGAAAUUACACCUGUGUAGCUAACACUUCCUUAGACCAAGCCCAGGAAACAGCAGAGCUUAUUGUGUUGGAUGUGCCUGACCCACCAGAAGAACUGAAACUCUCUGAACCUAAAAACACAAGUGUGAGACUGAACUGGACCCCUGGGAACAGUCAUAACAAGCCAAUAAUUGAGUUCAUUGUUGAAUAUGAAGAAUCCAGAUGGAAGCCAGGGGAUUGGCAUGAAUUGGUAAGAGUUCCUGGGAAUCACACUUCAGCACUUCUGAAGCUACAUGGCCAUGUAGACUACCAGUUUCGUGUCUCGGCAAUUAAUGAAAUUGGAAGAAGCCAACCCAGUGACCCUUCAGACAGAUACAAAACUCUACCCACAGCGCCAGAAAACAAUCCAGGUGGCAUCAUAAUGGAAGGAAAUUUGCCUAACGAAAUUCAUAUUAAAUGGGAGCCUCUGAAGCCCAUUGAACAGAAUGGUCCUGGACUGGAGUACAAAGUAAGCUGGAGACGAAAAGGAUUUGAGGAUAACUGGAAUGAAGAAGUAGUGAAAAGGCAUUCCUUCUUUAUACGUAACACUCCAACAUUUGAACCAUACGAGAUUCAAAUCCAAGCGAUAAAUCAUCUCGGCUUUGGUCCUGAGCCAAAAGUGGUGACUGGAUUUUCAGGAGAGGAUUUCCCAGAAUCUGCACCUCAAAAUGUCACAGUGGAGAUCAUGAACAGCACAGUAAUCAGGGUCAACUGGUUAAGAGUUCCACAGGAGAGUAUCCGUGGCCAUCUUGGGGGAUAUAGGGUUCACUGGUGGAAGGUGAGAAGCUUGCUGGAGGGGAAGAGAGGGCAUAGCGAAAAACAUUCUUUGACAUUCCAUGGGGACAGAAAUCAUGGAAUGGUUCCAGGACUGAAACCUUUCUCUGAAUACAGUCUAAUCGUUAUGGCUUUUAAUGGGAGAGGAAAUGGACCAGCAAGUACGCCUUUCACGUUUAAAACCCCAGAAGGAGUUCCAGAACAUCCUGCUUUAUUGAGAGUUGCAAGUUUCAGUAAGGAUUCAAUAACUCUCUUAUGGGUACCACCACUGGAGCAAAAUGGCAUCCUCACAGGACACAUGUUGCAAUACCAACUGAUUAAUGAUACGGAAGAGCUAGGCAACCUGCACAACAUCACCAUCUCAGACCUUACAGUGACCAGGUGGAAGGUUGGGGGCUUGGAGACAAGCAGCAAGUACAAGUUCUAUAUGAGUGCCUGUACCAGGGUGGGCUGUGGAAAACCAAUUACAGAAGAAGGAAUAACCACCAUGGAAGGAGAUUUUACUUCAGCUACAGCGACAGCAGGUGAUACAAACUUCAGAAACACCACCACUCUUUCUAUUCCAACUACCACUCUUUCCCCAGUUGCCAAUGUCUCUCUGUCUUCCAUAGAACCAGCCUUACUGAACAUUAGUUCUUCUGUUAGUGACACCAAAGCUAACAUUAGCUGGAUUACUGGGAUGGCACAAAAGGAAUCUGAGUUUUACAUUGCAUAUAUGAAUAACCGUAAAGGUAACUGGAAGAUUUCAGAAGCAGUAAAUAUUUCACAAAAUUUCCACAUCAUUGAGGGACUUGAUCCUGGAUCUGAAUAUACAAUCCGUCUUAUGACUAAGAACUGGGUUGAUAAUACUAGUAUUUUUGAAGAUGUGGUCGAGACCAGGGGGAAAGCUUAUGCAGGUAUUUAUGAUGGGAUUUCCACACAAGGAUGGUUCAUUGGCGUGAUGUGUGCUGUAGCUCUUCUUACCUUAAUUAUGCUCAUUGCCUGCUUUGUCCAGAGGAAUAAAGGCGGAAAAUAUUCAGUGAAAGAAAAAGAAGAUUUACAUCCAGACUUAGAAUCCCCAGGAAUUAAUGAUGAUACUUUCUGUGAAUACAGUGAUAAUGAUGAAAAACCACUAAAGGGAAGCCUUCAGUCGCUGGAUGGAGAAAUUAAAGCUGCAGAGAGUGGUGACAGUCUUGCCGGUUAUGGAGAUGAAGAGCAUGAUCAGUUCAAUGAAGACGGCUCUUUUAUUGGAGAGUAUGCUGCACACAAGAACAAAGGGCCUGUGGGGGUGAAUGGAAGCUCAAAAGGAUUACAUCAAGUUACUGCAUAAGGAAAUGGACACAACACUUAUUUUGUGUCACAACUGUAGACAAUACAGUAUACUGAACGGGAGUGUAAAACAUAUUCUCUGAAGCACAAUUUCGAAUGAGAAAUCCUGAAUAGUACUAUUGUAUGCCACACUGCCAUUUCAAGCUCACUGUAUGGCAAGUGCCUGCAUACUGUGUGAGACUUGGAAUAAUUGUUUUCAAAUUUAUACAUUUGUGGUUCGUUUUAUACAUUGUCUGAUGAAAUAUAAACUACUUUGCUUCUACUGUUUUUGAAAACGCAACACUGUUCAUAUUUUGAUCUUAAGAUAAAAGAAACUGUGAUAUCUUCUGUCAAUUGAUGUAUGACUAAAAUGAGAAAUGCAUGUGUAGCCUUUUACUGUCAGUGUCAUAUGUAGCUGAAUAUAUUUUAUCCAGCUCCACAUGUAUAAUCCAAUGCCUAUACAUAGCAGUCAUGUGUGCAUCGCUAGAUAUGAAGACAGUUUUGAUCUCUUGCAGCAGAAAUGUAAUAUUAUGUAAAAAAAGAACCCUGAUUAGAUAAAGAAAUGUGUUAUUAUUGGCAAUUGUAUGUCCACUACAUACUACUGUAAGACAUGCACUGUAGUAAAAAACUAAAAGAAAAAAGAAUCCCUUAAAUCUGAGACUUAAACAUGCAUGCCAGUAGUCCAGAAAUUAAGUAUAGAUUGAAAAUGUCAUUUAAUAUUAAACUAUUUAGUUACAAGUGUUUAGACUUUAGAAGCUACUCAAAUGUAUUUGUGUCAAAAGGCAGAUAAUAUUUAUCUGAACCCUAACAGUAUGUUUAAAAAAAAUAUAAAAUAUAUAUAUCGGUAUGUUUACUUUUGUGAAAUUCAGGGGACGUGAACCAGGGCUUCGCUAUUUCCUAAUUUCACCUGUCUAUCAUCAUUGGCUCCCUAUUUAAACCCAGUCACAGCUCAGCUCUUUCUCUUGUGUUAGCUUUUUUCCUCCUCCUCCUAUCUUUUUUCAUAUGACGCGUGCCUCUGUGUCAGUCUCCUGUGGGUGAAUAUUGAUUCUCACUUCCGAUCUAGAGUUCCCAUAACUCCACAGGUUCUUUGUGCAGUCAGAAGGGACCACUGGCCACACUGUUCUUUAACAGCUCAUGUGCUUUAUCUUGCCUCAUGAAAGAAGGCUCUGUCUUACUUCCUCCUUUAUCCUCCUGGGACAUGGCCCUCAUACUCUUAGUGCUUGAAUCCCAUAACUAACAAUUAUUUGUGUUCUUUCAGAUUCUCUUUUCUUCCUUACGUCAAGGCUUCGUAUGAGCCGUUCCGUCCUUUGAGGGUCAAAUCCAGUCGUUAACUGGGACCCAAUUUGCGAGGCCGAGCCUAUAACGACCCUGAUAAGUCAGAGGACUCUGUUUUUAGGGGCCCGGAGGCCGAUAGGGCCAGCCUCAACUCCAUAGGGAAGGCUCUCUCGAUUGGAGUCCAGCCCAUCCUUUUUUUCUCUCUCUCUCUCGCUCUAGAGGCCGACACUCCCUUCCUCUCGCAGCCCUGGUUCCCACCCUGUGAAAUUAUAUAUAUAUCACACACACACACACACACACACACACACACACAUUUACUUCAGGUUAUUUCAAUGUUCUGCCAUAAAACAAAUCACUGAAAGCUUCCAGGGUUUUAAUUUGUGUUUUUAGUAUUGUCACAUCCCUAAUCUGGGACCUGAUGUACUGCAAACACAGGUUCCCGUUCAAAAGACUGUAAUCUCAUUCAAUAUAAAGUGGAUACACAGAAAAAAAAAGAGUGUAUUAUAUUUUAUGGUUCUGUGUUAAGUUAAAACAGCUGCCUAGUUUGUGUCUGCUGGUAAAAAGAAAAUAAAUUGUGAUAUUCAGGGGCAUGAAGAAAUUAUAGACAUUUCAACAAAUCUGCUCAAAAGGUCAAGCUGUACACUGUAUAUUUCCUUUCUAUAAAGCCUUUAUCAGAAUGCAUGGCACUUUUUGAACAAUUACAGCUUGGUUUUAAGUACAACUACUUUUUGUCUUUUGUUACGUGUGACAGAUUUUUUUUUUUUAUCCAAGAUUUUGCAUAUUUGUCAAUUGUGAUAAUAUUCAUUACAGAGAACCCAAUUGACAUUUACAGAUGUCAUGUAUUCAUUUUGGAGAAAGUUUAUCUUGACAGAUUUUGACAAGAAACAUCUUCUCUAAAUGACAAACCCUUAACAUACUGAAUCCUAACCGGGUUGUGCCGUUUCUUUUCUCCCUCUAUGGUAUUGGUGUGCAAGGAGUUGAGAUUCAUCACAACUGGACAGUGUUAUUUUGGGUAGCAGAGGUCAGAUAAUUUGUGAAAUCUGAGAUGGCAUGUCAUUAGUAAUCAGUAUCUUGUAUAACCCAAAUUGCUUGCAUUAGCUUGCACAAAAUAAAAUUAUGGAAACAUAACUAAAAAAAUAUUGUUCAAUUGAGAAUCAAAUCAAUAGAAAUGCUUGGGAUUGACAGAUGCGUUUUUGAUAAGAAUAAGAUAAUGUCAGAACUUGUCAGCUUCAGGCUAUUUUGUUACUAAACAUGCCAUUUCCCAAACAUAAUGGAUGUUGCCACAAAGCAGAAAUACAUUGCUGAUACUAGUCAACACCAUUCCUGGUGCCCAUUAAAUUCAAACUAGAAGGCUGGAGUGACUGAUUCAUUGAGCUGCAUUUGGUUAUUGUAAAAUGAGUGCUGUGUAGUGGUUAACGAAACACAUUGACUUUUGACAUUGACACAAAAGUGUCAGGGCUGAGUGGUCCCAAAUGCUGUUUUCAGCAGCCAGAUAUGCUUUAUUUUUGCCAGGCCAUAAUGGGUAUCAGUCCUACAUUGGAUUGUUUUGUCUGAUUUUAUUGGGGCAGUACUAUUUUUGACAGCUGCUGUUAUAAAAAUAUUACUCUAGUCAUUGCUGUUUAGAAUCUAUAUUAAGCACUGAAACUGGAUGCUGACCAAUCAACAUUAAAAUGAAUACUUGCAUUCUUCUUUUCAGAACCAAAUACACCUUUCUGAAAUUUGUAUCUGUUUUACGGGUUGUUGAGGUUUUAUUUCCACUACACCUUUUUUUUAUUCUCCAGAAAAUAAAUGUUGAUGAUAAUGUUAAUCAGAAUAUUAAUCUGGUAUUGGUAUUGGGGGUUAUCAAGUUUUUUGAAGACACCCCUCGAAUUCUCUUUGAACCUGAUUUCAACCUGGUCAUGCAUUUUCAGCAGUCAUGUCCCCAAUCACAGGUUGUUUCAUACAUUAAACUUUGGAAUAAUCUUUUUUGUGGGUUGGAUUUAGAAAAUAUCACUUUGAUCUGUCCAUUCAAGUACCAAAAGAACAUGAUUUGGUUUUAUUAACUGUACAUGACAUCUGUUCUGUAGUUAAAAAUGACCUUGUGCACCCUUACUUUAGUGGAAAUAAUUGUUACUGUUGAACCAAAGUUUAUUUUUUAUUUGUUAUCCUACCUGUAUAAAAGCUUUUCUUUCAUCACUUGUAUCAAGUUUAACAUUGACCUGUUUUUAUAAUUUGAUAUUUUCGGCAUAUCUUGGUAUUAAAGGAAUCAGCAACUGAAAAAAGAAUAUAUUUGAUAUUGUACCGUGGCAUCUGAUCAAGUUGUGAAUAAUAGCAUCCCAAUUCAUAUUUGCCACGUAUGUUUGCCAGUUUCUAUUUACAGCAGCCAGUACAAUGUGGUAGUUUAAAGCAUGAAGCAGACUUGAUAAACUAUAGGUUGCAAGCCUUUCUAUGUGUUUUUUGCAUAUUGUAUUGUUUUAUUUUAAUAGUUUAUUAAUAAAGUUCUCAAAAUGCA